AAGGAUGACACGGGGACGGAGAUGCGUAUUUUGCUGCAUGACUCCAGUGCGUCAGCAGCGGCUAGGGAGCCGGAGCGCGCCACAGAGAGUCUCUCCCCAAUCUUAACGGAUACCGCAGUGCUACCGGUAUAACGCAGGCAUAUGCCGCUGUCUGGGAACAGAUCCCGGCAGCAGCAUACGCUAGGCUCCGGUAAAGGAGAAGCAGCAGGUUCGGCUCGAGCUCCGAGAUAAUCGGGCCUCGUCGUUUCCUAGACCCCGACCAGACCCAGCAGCUGGAGCGAGGAGAGCACCAGCCUCCCCAAGAAGCAUCAUACAGGAGACUCUGACAUCGUCCCAGCAGCAGCCGGACUCGCGGGCCAGCACCAUGCACUAGGCUCGAACAGUUGGCAUCGUGCUGGCAUCGUGCACUAGGCUGCACGACACAACCAGCAGAGGGGCAAGGCCCCUGAGCUACGCGGAAGAGCCAGCAGCCGCCGCCGGAACGGAGAGCUCUGGCCAUGCACUAGACCCCGGCUCAGCCCUAGCAGCAGCCGCCCCGCUCAUCCUAGUCGCCCUCUCGCCCCCCAUGGAGAAGGCGACCUCGCUGCACACUUCAGUGCCCACGCCUCCCCCUCGGCUCUACCUGCCUCGGAACUUCAGCUGCAGCGCCUGCCUCUAUGGCAGCCUGGCCGAGCACUGCAAGGGGGACUGCAGCCCGGAGCGCGAAGGGGAGCCGUCCCCCACGCCGGUGGUCCGAGAAGCGGCAGCCGCCGGGGAGAAGCCCCAGCCUUCUCGCGGCCGGGAGCCCUCGGUGCCUCCUGUGCCCCCCAGCCCCACGCUGCGCCGGCGAGCCAAGUCGCUGCCCACCCCCGGCGAGCGCGGCCUGCGGCCGGCCCUGCAGCAGAGCCCGUCCCGCAGGAAGACGGUGCGCUUCGCCGACUCGCUGGGCCUGGAGCUCAUCUCCGUGCGCCACUUCUGCGAAGCCGACCUGCCCCAGGUGCCGCUGCCCCUGCCGGCCCGCGCCGCCGACCUAUUCAAGACCCGGAAGCCGCCGGCGCUGGGCGAGCUGGAGCCGGUGCUGUUCGGCCCGUCGCCGCUGCUGGAGCCUCUCUUCCCGCCGCAGCCCGGCGCCAGCCCCGGCUUCGCGGAGCGGGUGCGGCGGCACAAGGUGAAGCUGGAGUGGGUGCGGGCCGAGCCCGCCGGCCUGCGCGGCGCCGUGCGCGUCCUCAACCUGGCCUACGAGAAGGCCGUGUCCGUGCGCUACACGCUCAACCGCUGGGUCAGCUGCGCCGAGGUGGCGGCCGCCUACCUGUCGCCGGGCCCCGCCGACGGCCUGACCGACCGCUUCUCCUUCCACCUGCCGGCGGCGGCCGCGGGGGGCACGCUGGAGUUCGCCGUGCGCUACCGGGUGGCCGGCACCGAGUACUGGGACAACAACGAGGGGCUCAACUACCAGCUGCGGGGCCGCCCGUGCGCCGCUCGGGCCGCCACCUCCCCGGCCCAGGAGCCCGAGGGCGGCGCCUGGAUCCACUUCAUCUGAGCGGCCUGCGGCGGGACCGUUGUGCGUCGCCUGCUCUCUCCCGGGGAGACCCGUGCUCCCUCGCCCCCUUCCCUCCUGGACCCAGGCCACCCUCGCCGCCUCAGCACCUUUCCCCGACUCGGCCGCCUCGCCGGUUCAGCGGCUGCCGGGCGCGUUGCACACGGGCCGCGCGCGGCUGGGGACGGAAUUUCCCGCCAUGAACCUGACAGGGACCCUGGGAGCAUCGAGCGGGUAUCGUGGUAGAGCCCAGGGGGCUCCUGUUCGCCAGGGCGCUGCCACCGGCGGACUUCGGGACCUCCCGCCCGCCAGGAAUUCUGUGGCCAGGACUGGGGAAUAGGAGCAAGCAAGUACGGUGUGGCCCGUCCAUCCAAAUCUCUUUUUUUUAUUCCGCUAAAAACUGUACUCGGCAUACUGGAAAUAUUACUAAGGAGCUUUUCUACCAGAUCUCGGGGAAUCUGAGAUUUUAUCUAGUUAUCCUCUUCUGCCUUGUCAUUUAUCCGCUCCACUGUAAUCUUGCCACUUUUCUCACAGAUACAGUUUGCCCUGCAGUUAGUCACAGUCUUAGUUUUAAAAAUGCUUGUUUAUAUUUCACUAGAAGAUAUUUUUUUGAAUUUUGUUUACAAAUAAAUAUAAAUCAUUUAUAUUUUCUAUUUAACUAACUUUAUUUAGGGGAAAACAUUUCAAACUUCUUUGCAAAGGCAAAAAAGCAUAAGAAGUAAAGUGUGCAAGUCCUUUACUGUAAUUUGUGAGUUCCACCAUAUCUUCCACCUCAAGCUUGCUACAUUUUUUGUUGUUAUAGUAGAAGUUGUUGUAAAGUAUGGAUUGGACAACUGCAGAAUAAUCUGUAGCAAACUCUGUAUUUAUAUGGCCUCUAGCUCUAGUCAUCACUGGGAACCUGGAGUGCAAGCAAGCAAGCCAGCUCCAGUGAUUUGGUGACCAAGUCCCGCUCCCAUUAAAACCAGUAUGACUUGGAUCAGGCCCUAGAAGCAUAGAGGAUGAAUAUGAUAAUGAGCCUGAUCCUGCAACCCUAGCUCACUGGAAUAGUCCUACUGAAGUAAGCCCCCAAUCCAACAAAUGCAUAAACAGUUUGGACCCCUGCUCAGUGCCCCAUUGAUGUCAGUGUAGUUUUAUGUGGGCUCAGGAAUCCACUCAAGUGUGUUACUUUGCCAGAUUGGGACCUUACUUCAGUGAGCAAAGACUUCAGUAUUGGGCCCAAACCAAUGCUGAGUGGUGGAGCCCAGAAGAUACUUUGCAUGGGUUUAUUUCUCAUGCUACAAAAAUAAUUCAAUUUAGAAUAAAGGUUUUCAUUUUAGAACUUCGUUUUGUCUAUUUUAAAAUGUUUAGACGAGUGCUGAGGAAGCAAAAUACUGUUAAGUGUCAAUUCCAGUGUGUCCACACAGUCCAUUGCACUGUGAUUUGUGCAUUAAAACACAGUCAGUUAAGGAAUAGAUUUGCAAAUACACAAAUUGGAUGUGCUUGCAAGUGUAAGUCCAAAUGCAGUCUUGCAAGUCCAUGUUUGCUUAUAGAGUAUGCAUCCUCAUAUCAGGCACAUGAAAACUGGUACAUGUGAAAAUCUAGGCUACAAACCUCCAUCCUUGGUGUUACCAGUUUACUCUUAAAUAGUUUUUAAUUGUGUGUACGUUUUGACAAAUGUUGGACUAUGUAACUGGUUUUCAAAAACUUGUGUUCAGUUGAUAUUUGUUUUUAAAACUACAUAAUAUAUUUUUUGUAAAUAUUUAUGUAAAAAUCUGAUGUGGCUCAGUGGGACUGUUCACAUUAGUAAAGUUAUUUGCAGGAUUGAGUUGUUAAAUCCCACUGAAGCAAAUGGGGAUUUGCCUGAGUAAAAACUGAGAAUUGAGCCUAUUCUCAGUACACAUUACAAUAUCUCAUAAUUAUAUUUUGCAUCCCAUCCCUAUCCUUUUUAAUGCUUUUCAGUUUGAACUGAAUCGUUUAUGCUGACGUACCAGUGCAGGAGUUCUGCCUUUUUGAAAAAAAGUUGCCCAAAAUAUUAGAAAUAACUCCACUAACCCACUGAUUUCAUAAAGGCCCUACAUCUCUUUCAUUAUGACAAGACAUGUUUUCUUUUAAAUCUAGACAGAGCAAAAUAAAUAUUAACAAAAUGAUUAUGUGAAAUUAGUAGUAGGCAUCCUUCAAUCUCGAGAGACCAUGGGUAUGCAUCCCUGAGAGGUAAAAUAUUUACUCAGUUGGUUUUAUGGCAGCCGUGGCUGAAGGAGACCUGAGAGAGAGAGAGAGAGAGAGAGAGAGAAUCUCUGUCGCAUCUGUCACAUUUAAAGGUGGUGUUUCAACCCUUUGGCUCUACCUUGUGAGAGCUCUUUUCUCCUCUACUAAGCUGGACCUCUUCCUCUUGUAACUCCAGAGGCCUUUAUUGAGCUCUUGUUUCCAAAGGCUGUGAUCCUGAGUGUGAUCUUUCCAUUUGUCCACAUCCAUGUCCAUUUCUUUGAGGUCUCGCUUGUACACAUCCUUGAAACACAAUUUGGCCAUCCUUUGGUUCUUUUUCCAGAUGCCAAUUCACCGUAGAGCAGUGGUGGGUAACCUGUGGCCCGUGGGCUGCACGCAGCCUGUCAUGAUAAUCCACUGGUGGACUGUGAGACAGUGUUUACACUGAUCGUCUGCAGGCAUGGCCGCCUGCAGCUCCCAGUGGCUGCGGUUCGCCGUUCCUGGCCAAUGGGAGCUGCGGGAAGCAGUGUAGGUUGCCCACCACUGCCAUAGAGGAUGUGAAAUUACUUUAAAACAUAUGUUAAUAUCUACCUUUCAAUCAGCAUUUAGUGUCUUAUUAACUGUGAACAAGGUCAGUAUAUUUUUUCAUUUUACAAUAAAUUUUAUUGAGAAGUUUAGCUGAAUAUGAAUUGUACUGGGGCCAAAUUAAGGCCCUGAUUCUGCAAACACUUAUGCUUGUGUGUGUGUGUCGGAAUGGGGCCCACCACACAUAUUACUCAUGUGAGUGGUAUGACUGACUUUAGAGGAGACUAUUCAUGUGAAUGUGGGCUUUGGGAUCAGGCCCUAAGUGUUUUGGAUCCUUUAUUUAUUGCAUUAGGAUGGAGUUUUAUGGGCAUUUGAAUAUGUUCUUUAGGUAUACUUUCACCUUAGUAAUAAUAGUCAAAUCUCCAAAGCAACUUAAUCUAGCAUGAUGCUGAGCUCCCUCAACUUCUGUUGAAUUUAGUGGGAGUUAAGAGCACUCAGCAUCUUUCAGAUUGUGCUCCACAUCUUGCAGGAUGAUUCCCAAGGUUUCUAGUUUUUGGUUUGAUUCAGAUAAGGGUCCAAAUGUUUGUUUGAUUUCUUCAGACUCAAGAGAGUUAUGCUGUAAGCACUGUGCUCGAAAUGUCAUGAGAAGAGGAUUGCUCACCUGAUUUCAGUUACAUCUGCUUCUAGUCCCAUGAGGAAUAAUAGCAAAUACAGAAUUUCUCAUGGUUGUGGUGGUGUUGUUGUUUAUUCCAAACCAGUUUUCCAAUACCUUUAAUUUUAAUAAAUACUUAGACAUAUUAUCAAAGUCCUAUUGUGUAUUUAACAAUUUGGAAUAUUUAGGCCCUGAUCCUACAAACAUUUAUGCAUGUGCUUAACUCUAUGCACUGUGUGCAAAGCUAAGCGUGCAUAUGCUUGUAGAAUCAAGGCCUUAUAUUGUUCAUGAUUAAAUUAUAUAAGGAGGUAUAUUUUGAUAAGGAAAUGCUAAAUAUUUUUCAGUUAACCAGUUUCCUAAGAGCCUUAGUAUGAGAGGGAGAGAGAGAGAGUAUUAUCCAUUUAGGAGCACUUUUUGAAAAUUGAAGAAACACUUGGCAAAUAUCUCUUUAUGCAUGUGUUAUGGCUUUCUGACAUAUUUUUGCUUAUACUUUUUGUAACAGAUGCAGUUAUACAAAUGUUAUUCAGAUUAUGAAACAAAUUAAAGCACUGCUAUUUGGAAAAAAAUGACUAGUAUCUACCCAUAUAAAACAUAACAUGCUAUUAUUUGUUUAUGGAGAUUGAAAAGAUUUACUGUAAUACAGUUUUUAAAUGGCUUUGGAAAUAUGAAAACUAUGACAACCAUUUUCAGCUCUGAAGGACUUUAAUUAUAGUGAUUUGAAACAAUUGUCUUAAAGGGAUUGCAUCUGAGUGCUGUUUGAUUACUUCAGUUUCUGUAGAUGUUUAAUUGUUAAAAAUAUCUAUUCUCAUAAACGGUAUCUUAAUUUUUUUUAAAUUCAGAAAGCCUAUAAAGGAUGCACAUAUACCAAAUAUUUAUGAGCAAGUUAUAGUUUUACUUUGUUUAAUAAUCAGCACACAGUAGUUCUGACUUGAACUGCUGUCCUAAUGUAGGUGAAAUUGCUGUUGCUUUCAAGUGGAGUUUUGCUUGCAGAAUUGGGGUAUAAAUGUGUAAACUGUGUAAUACUGCUGAGAUACUUAUGUUAUUGAUUUUGUUCUGUUAUUUUUCAUAUCAAAAUCUGGAAGGUGAACUUCUUAAAUAGUCAGUCAGGAAAACUAGGUGUAUGUUAUUCAGCAGAGGUAUUGUAAACGCAUUAUAGCAGAUUAGCAGGGUUUCCUCCUUUAAAAUGUACACUGCGAGAGCCAACUCGCAAGCCAGCUGUUUCUUAUCAAUUCAUUUUGCAUUUCAGAGCAGGGCAAAGCUAGAAGUGUUUUUGCAAAACCAGUCCCUAGAUCCUGCAAACACUUAUGCACAUGCUUAACUCUACACCUCCGUAACUUUGUUGACUUCAACAGAUGGCAGAUUGACUUCAGUAGGUAUAUGCAUGUGCUUAAAGUUAAAUAUGUGUGUGUUUACAUGAUUGGAUCCAAAUUUGUAAGGAUAGGCAGUAAUUUUCUAAAAGCUUAUAUUAAAAUCUAGUUAUUAACAAUCACCUACAUUUUGUGUAUCUUUCCAAAUUUUGGGAAGCUGAUAUUGGGCCCAUUUCUGCUUUGACUGAAGAGUUUUACUAUUGAUUUCAGUGGUAGCAGGAGCACGCUCACAAUGCAUUGUUGGGUAUUUAAAUCAUCUCAGUGAUAUGCUAAAGUUACACUAUUUUAAUCGUGUAUUGAAUUGGUUUAAUUUUUAUUAAAAUAAUUUAUUUUUAAGGAGGAUUUAUUUAGACUUCCUUUAACCUUUUAUUGUUGCACUGAUAGUGAGUAUUUUUCCCAGCUGCAACAUUUAUGUAUGCUUACCAUAUGUUUAUAUGCUCAGUCUAAUACCAUAUUUGGGUUGCUACAUAGCACUGUGAUACGUAGGAGAGGUAAAAAUGAAAAAAUCUAGCUACAGAAUGGCAGUUGAUGUAAUAUUUGUAAAUAAGACAGCUCUGAAAAAAAUUAGGCCUGAACUUGCUCCAUUUGAAGUCAGUGACAAAACUUCCAUUGACUUUAAUGGGAGUAGGAUCAGGCCCACUUUUUAAAACCAAAUGUGUACAGUCUCACAGAAUAAAGAGAAUACUAUAUUGCCAAGGUAAAGUAUUAAAAUUAUUUUUUAGGAAUACAUGAAUGUUUUGCAAGAUGAUAUUUUCUAGAAAAGUUGUCAGCUAUGAGUUGUGUCAAUCUAUCACAGCAUCCUUUCCAACUGAUAUUAAAAUGACCUUGCCAAGGCAAUAACAUUUAAUGACAUAUUUUAUUUUUAAGUAAAAUUAUUCAUUAUUUUUGUUUGUCAUAGUUGUAAAAAUGUAUCUGUUGUUUACAGUGCAAGAACUGUAGCUUUAUGAAAUGUGCCAUGUUAUGUAUUGUGCAAUAUAAUGGUAUUAUAAGUCAAACUGUACUGUAUGUAUGAUGCACAUCGAUGUCUGCUGCUUCACAUUUAACUCUGUAAAUUUGUUACAUGUGAUUCUAAUGCCUUUUAUGCCUAUAUUUUCCAGCUCUUUCAGUCAUUAUUAGAAAUCCUUAACAGGAAUGCCAGGAAAUGUGACACUCAGGUAACUAUAAACUAAACCUCAAUUAGCUAAUCAUAGUAAUGCCCAUUAGUAUUUAAAAUCAAUGACUGAAACAUUGGCACAGUCAAUUUCAAUGUAAUUAUUUAAGAUAAGCUAAUUUUUACCUGCAUCUAGUCACAAUGGUCAGAUCAUAAAAAUAUUUUUUUGAGUAUGGAUAUCUGUGCCACAACAUGUUGUUAAACAAAAGGAUAAACACACAAUUGAUUUUGUGUAUGGGGAAAAUGAAUCACUAGAAUGAACAGAUGUUUGUUCAUGCAUAACCUUGGUCUUUUUAUCAAAUACUUGAAGCAUGUUUUGGUAGAGCCUACAGGCAAAAAUCUGUUAAAUCUAUAUAAUUCUAAAUGUAAAUUAAUUUAUAGUAACAUUCAUAAUUUGUUUUAUAACAUAUGUUCAAACAUAAAAUGAGUUUUUAGGUGCCUUUCAGGAAUGACUAAUAAGAAAUUUAAUGUGUUCCUUAAUUAGGUUUCUUAUUUUUUGAACAAUCUAUUCAUGGCUUUCCCAUUAAAAUGCAUUUUAUAACAAAAACCUAAGAAUUCAUACUAAUCUGGUGACAUUUUUUCUACUGUGCGAGCAUUCCAGCAGUCUGCAGCAGCCAGAAGGAUUAAGUACUAUUUUCCUAUAUUGUAAUGAAAGGUGUUCUGGUGAGAAAUGUGUCUUCCUGGUAACCCUAUAACCCAUGUCAUUGUCUAGAAAGUAAAGUAAUACUGUGACCAUAAUUUAUAUUUAUUUAUUCAACAUGUGUACCUUUUUAUAAAGAUAGAAUUCUAAGUGUAUAUUCUCAGUGGAAUCAGAAAUUCUAGUUUUUUACAAGGCUGAUGUGUGUAGUGUUUACCCCUCCUUUAAAUGUGAGUUUCAGUUGCUUGUAUGGUGCGUAAUACACAUCAUGAUAUCUGUGGAUGGAUUUCAUUUCUUUGCACAGUCUUUACCACAAGAUUCAAGUGCUCAAUAUAAGAAACAUGCUGUCUCUGAAUAAAAUUUUUUCUAGCUUUAAAUUAAUGCACAUGGCUUUUUAGCAGAAUAUUAAUGAGUUUGUAUACUGUCAGCAACUCAUUUGUGCAACCUCUGAUAUAUGAAAGGAUCACCAGUUAACAUACUAAUUACAUAUUGAAAUGAAAACUUGUUAGGUCUGAAGUUAUUCUAAGGCUUUACACACAUUUUCACAAUAAAGUUAGGGAGUGGAAAUAGUUAAAUUUGCUGUAAAACUCAACAACACACAAUGUGUAUUGUCUUAUACUUAACAAUAGCAUGCAGAAUAAAAAAUGUUAUUGAAAUAAUACAUACACUAGCAAUUCCAAAGAACAUAGUCAAGGAAAUCAUCAUUAAAUGUGAAUUGUACUACUUAAAAUAUAUGGGCUUUGUUCUAGUAAAAUGCAGGCAAAAAGCCUCCAUAUCCAGUGUAAGCAUAUUUAUACCAGGGAUUUUUUUCUAUGCAAUAUUGUGGUACACCUAUUUUUUUAGAGAUUAACUUGAAAUGUUAGUUAAUGUUCCUGCAUUGGUCUACUGUAUCUGUAGUACCAUAUGAAAGGGCUUAGUAAGAAAAACAUAUGUCUUAAAUAAUGUUUGCAUUGUGGGCCUUAUCCUGCUCCUGCUGCAAUCAGUGGUAGAACUUUAGGCGACUUCAGUAGGGCAGGAUCAGGCCCUUUAUAGUUGAUACUAAAAAAAUAGCAUUUCAGAAGGUUUGGUAUAUAAAAUCCCUUCUGCAAUGCUGUUCAAAUAAGCUGCUUGGUUUGAGCCCCCAAAAUAUGGUAUUAUUAUUAUUUACUAAUAUGGUCAUAUUUCUUAUUUUAUACCUUAAAAAUACACUAAGUAGUGUUAAGGCUUUGAUCCACCAAGUUCUUAAACUUGUGCUUCAAGUUAAACACAAGUAGUACAACUGAGGUUGAUGGACUACUCACAUACUGAAAGUUUAAGCAUGUGCUUAAGUGCUUUGCUGGUGUGGAUCCUAACAAAUUGUGGCAUUGAUCCUUCAGUCAGAUCCAUGUGAGCAGUGGUGAAAUCCAUUUAUUUAAGUAGAUCCAGGACUUCACCCCUUGAUAAUCCAAGAAGCUCUACUUGAAUGGAAAGGCCUUCCUGCAUGGAUCCAAUUGCAGGACUAAGGCCUAUAUUAUAAGGUGUCUUCCAUUCUUAAAAUGGUUUGAACCAAACAAACUUUGCUUUUACGGUGUUACAUAAAUUGUUUCUCUCUCUAAUCACAAAUGAAGACACUAGCUGUUCAAGACUGCCUUCUUUUAGCAACAUAUGCAAUUUGUUGUAAUAACUUUUGUUAUAUAUUUUGAUUCACUUUGACAUUAUUUAAAAAAAGUUGUCUUUUCUGAACAUGGACUGGUAAAUUGGCUUUGAUAUUAGUGUUUUCUGUAAUGUUUGCACUUCAAAAGUUAAUCUUGGUUUGCUGUUCCUAAUUUUUUUUUAAAUUAUUUCCUGUCAGUAAUAUAAAACUUUGAUUCUGGGGUUUAAUGCCUUUUCUCUUUUUGAAGCCUGUGAAUAAAAAUGUGAUUUAUCUUGCCUUACAACAACAUUACAUAUCUUGUCUACUUAAAUCAUACCUAGUCACUGAUUGUGUCACUAUGAUGGAAAAAGUAUAUUUAUAAACAUGUAACUACUAAUUGUAAUUAAAGAUGUGUGGU